GGUUAUUUUAAAUAACCAUGUUGAAAUUCCGAAUUUUGAAAAACAUCACAGCCGCCCAUAUACAAAAAACAAUUUACCAAAUUUCAAACGAUGGCUUUUCUAUUUUUAGCCAGCCAAAUAUUUCGUAUUCUAAACUUGAUUAUGUCAGAAGAAUACAUUCUCAAACCGCACAUAAAAUUUAUCCUACGCAAAAAUUAAAUGCCGAUCAAAUUGGAGAGAAAUUGUCGGAGAAAGAAUUCGUUGCCCAGUUAAAAAAUGAUCCAGACUUAUUUGGUCCGAGAGAUGAAGAGCAGGAGGUUGAGGAUCUUGGUGACAUAGCUGAGGAAAAAUUUUUCACUGAACAAGUGCCUGCCUCGCAAAAAUUAAGGACUAAACAAUAUGCUGACAUGAUUAAAAAGUUUAUAAGAAAGAGGAAAAUUAAAGAAGCAAUUGAUGUACUUGAAGUGAGGAUGAUCAAAGAAGAUCGAGUUAAGCCAGAAAAUUAUAUAUAUAAUCUCAUAUUGGGUGGUUGUGGUAGAGUAGGAUACACUAAAAAAGCAUUUAUGCUAUACAAUGACAUGAAAAAAAGGGGGCUUAAAGUAACAGGAGGAACAUACACUGCUUUAUUUAAUGCAUGUGCAAAUAGUCCAUGGCCCUUAACUGAUGGUUUAACAAGAGCAAAACAUUUAAGAGAGAUAAUGAUUGAAAAACAGUAUGAUCCUAAUGUAACAAAUUAUAAUGCAAUGAUAAAAGCUUUUGGAAGAUGUGGUGAUUUACAAACAGCAUUUUCCUUGGUUGAUGAAAUGAUCACUAAACGAAUGCCCUUGAAGGAUGAUACCUUUAACUUUUUACUACAAGCAUGUAUUACAGAUAAAGAAGCAGGCUUUAGACAUGCACUUCUUAUUUGGAGGAAAAUGGUUACAAAAAGAAUUGCUCCCAGCACUUACACUUACAACAUGAUCCUUAGGUGCAUCAGGGAUUGUGGAUUGGGAGAUUUAGAGGCAACCACAGAUGUAAUUAAGAAAAUCACAAAUAAUUCUAAAAACAACCAAAAGCAGCUUGAAGGAAAUACUGUUAAACAAUUAGAAACAAAUAAUUCCUCUUAUAAUGAAACUGAUGAUAUUCAAAGGCUUGCUGAUAAAAGUAUUCAAUCAACUAACAGUGAAACAGAUGAUAUAAUUCUGACUGAAAAUGAAACAAAUGCACCAAUUCUGUCUGAGAAUGAUACAUCAAAUAUAAGAUCUAUUACAAAUUUAAGACCAAACUUAAUGGCAGAUGUGCCUUACCUUGGAAACAUAAUAUCUUUAACAGAAGUAACUAAACCUGAAGAUCGUUUACUAUUAGUUGGGGGUUCUGUUGGCUUCUUAGAAAACAUGGAAAAACAUAAUUGUACACCAGAUAUUAAAACAUUCACACAACUACUGGAUUCAAUUCCAGGCACUUUAGCUGCAGAAAAAGAAUUGCUAUCCAUUAUGAAAAAGAAGAAAGUUAAACCAGACAUAGACUUUUACAACAUGUUAAUUAAGAAAAGGAGUAUGAGAGGAGACUAUGAUGAUGCUCAGGAUGUUUUGAAAUUAAUUAGAAAAAUUAACUACUAUCCAGACUUGAUUACAUAUGGUGUAUUAUCUUUAGGUUGUAAAAAUAAGGAAGAUGCACUAAACUUAAUUGAGUCAAUGAAAAAUGAUGGUUUUAGGAUAAAUGCUGAAAUCCUUGGAGCUAUGUUACAACAGGCUUGCUACCACUUUAAUUACAGUUAUAUUUUAGAAAUAAUGGACAUAUGUAUCAGAGAAGAUGUUCAGCCAAACAAAAAGUUUUUAAGUCAUUUGACCAAGUUUUAUAAUCAUGUAAAACAACAAUCUAAUGAUAAGACCUUAACUAGUGUCCAAGAAAAGAAAUAUAGAUCUUUUAAAGCAAAAUAUAAAGCUUGGUUAACUCAAAUAAAAAUAGAUGAUACUGAAGAUGCCCACCCCUGGAAGCAAUUUAGGCAAAAUACCAUUGGAAAUGAAAAAUACAUAAAACCUAAAGAUACAGCAAGGUUUAAGCAACAACAUACAUCAUUAUUUAAAGUUAAAACAUCUCCUAAACACGCAAAAUAAAUCUGUGAUAAAAAUCUUUUAAUAAAUUUUUUGUUACACAAACUGUUUUUCAUUGUCAAAUUGAAGGUAAGGAAAAUAAAAGACUUUUUGUUUAAAA